GUCUUCCCCAAUACCACCAAUCCUCAAUACCCCCAAAAAAACCCCCUUCAAGGUGGCUACUCCCUCACAUCAAAUCCCUUAAAUAGCCACCCUCCCCCACAUCAAACACCCACUUCAAGUGAUGCCAUCACUCCCUCUACAUCGAAAGUAUCUUCAAGUGAUGUCACCACCCCCUCAACUACAUCAACACCCACUUCAAGUGAUGUAAUCUCUCUCUCAACUACAUCGGCGGUAACUUCAAAUGUGGCCACCACUACUACAGUCACUUCAAGUGAUACUGCAUCAACACCCACUUCAAAUGAUGCCCCCUCUCCCUCAACAUCAACAGUCACUUCAUGUGAUAGCACCUCUCUCUCAACUACAUCAACAAUCACUUCAAGUGAUGCCACCUCUCCCUCAACUACAUCAACAUUCACUUCAAGUGAUGUCACCUCUCACUUGACAUCAAUAGUCACUUCAAGUGAGGCCACCUCUCUCUCAAGUACACCAACCGUCACUUCAAAUGAUUCCACCACUACACCAACAGUCACUUCAAGUGAUGCCACCAUUAAAUCGACUUUAACUUCAAGUGUUAACGCUACUCCCUCGACAUCAACACCCACUUUGAGUGAUGCCACCUCUCCCUCAACUACACCAACAUUCAUUUCAAGUGAUGCCACCACUACAUCAACAUUCGCUUCAACUGUUGACUCUAAUCUCUCGACAUCAAAACCCACUUUAAGUGAUGCCACCAGUCCCUCAACCACCACAACAAUCACUUCAAGUGAGAACACCUCUCUCUCAAGUACACCAACCGUCACUUCAAAUGAUUCCCCCACUAUAACGACAGUCACUUCAAGUGAUGCCACCUCUCCCUCAACUACACCAACAGUCACUUCAAGUGAUGCCACCGCUAAAUCAAUUUUCACUUCAAGUGUUGGCACUACUCCCUCAACAUCAACAGUCUCUUUAAGUGAAGCCACCUCUCCCUCGACAUCAACAGUCAAUUCAAGUGUUGACACUACUCCCUCAACAUCAACAGUCUCUUCAGGUGAUGCCACCACUACAUCGACAGUCACUUCAAGUGUUGACACUACUCCCUCAACAUCAACAGCCAAUUUAAGUGAUAACACCUCUCCCUCAACUACAUUAAAACCAACUUCAAGUGAUGCUGCCACUAUAUUGACAGUCACGUUAAGUGAUACCAUCACUUCUACAUCAACACCCACUUCAAGUGAUAACACCACUCCAUCAACUAUGUCUACAGUCACUUCAAUUGAUGCCACCACUCCCUCAACUACAUCAACAUUCACUUCAAGUGAUGCCACCACUCGGUCCCUCAACUAUGUUGACAGUCCCUUCAAAGUGAUGCCACCACUCCCUCAACAGUCUCUUCAAGUGCUGACACAACUGCCUCAACAGUCACUUCAAAUGAUGCCACCACUCCCUCAACUACAUCAAAAGUCACUUCAAGUGAGGCCACCUCUCCCUCGACAUCAACAGUCUCUUCAAGUGAUGUAACCACUACAUCAACACGCACUUCAAGUAAUGCCACCUUUCCCUCUACACCGAAAGUCUCUUCAAGUGAUGACUCAACUACAUCGACAGUCACUUCAAGUAAUACCACCACUACCUCAACUACAUCAAAAGUCACUUCAAGUGAUGCCUCCACUCCCUCAACUACAUCAACAGUCACUUCAAGUGAUGCCACCACUCCCUUAACAGUCUCUUCAAGUGCUGCCACCACUCCCUCAACCGGCACUAUAAUUGAUACCACCACUCCCUCUACUAUGUUGACAGCCACAUCAAGUGAUACCACUGCGCCCUCGACAUCAACAGUCAAUUCAAGUGAUGCCACCUCUCCCUCAACUACAUCAACAGUCACUACAAGUGAUGCCACCACUCCCUUAACUACAUCAAUAGUCACGUCAAGUGAUGCCACCAAUACUACAUCAACAUCAACAGUCACUUCAAGCGAUGCCACCACCCCUUCAACAUUCGCUUCAAGUGAUGCCACCACUACUACACCGACAUCAGCAGUCAUUUCAAGCGAUUCCACCACUCCCCCAACAGUCACUUCAAGUGAUGCCACCACUCCGUCAACAGUCACUUCAAGUAAUGCCACCACCCCCUCAACUAUGUUGACAGUCACUUCAAGUGAUGCCACCACUCCCUCAAAAGCCACUUCAAGUGAUAACACUUCUCCCUCAAUUACAUCAACAGUCACUUCAAUUGAUGCCACCACUCCCUCGACAUUCUCUUCAAGUGAUGCCACCAAUCCUUCAACAGUCACUUCAAGUGAUGCCACCACUCCCUCAACUACAUCAACAGUCACUUCAAGUGAUGCCACCACUCCCUCAAAUACAUCAACCGUCACUUCAAGUGAUGCCACCCCUCCCUUAACAGUCUCUUCAAGUGACUGCCACCACUCCGUUAACAGUCACUUCAAGUGAUGCCACCAUUCCGUCAACAGUCACUUCAAGUAAUGCCACAACCCCUCAACCACUACCUCAACAGUCACUUCAAGUGAUGCCACCACUCUGUCAACAGUCACUUCAAUUGAUGCCACCAAUCCCUCAACUACAUCAAUAGCCACUUCAAGUGAUGCCACCACCCCCUCAACUUAUGUUGCAGUCCCUUCAAGUGAUGCCACCUCUCCCUCAACUACAUCAACACCCACUUCAAGUGAUGCCAUCACUCCCUCUAAAAUCGAACAGUACUUCAAGUGA